AUGGCUACGGGCGGGAAGGUUUCUGUACUUUGUGAUAGUGACUGCGAUAAGAGUAUGUGCGGGUGUGGGGUAAGAUUUGUGUUAACAUACUUGAUGGAUAGUAUGGUUGUAUAUUUGAGUAGUGGGUUCAAAAAGGAUGAGUGUAUUGAGAUUAUGAUAGGGGUAAUUUGGGUCAGCUGUUGGCAUCUUGGGAAGUUCUCUAACUCCAGCGAGGGCCUUGAGGAAUUAAACAUCCCUAUAUUUGAGGUACAAGUGUUGACUGCGGAAGACGCAGACCGUGGUUGGCGUCCCAGAGGCCGAUGCGGUAGAUGUAGGAGAGAGAUUGUGUGUUUAACAUUCUUGCGGUUUAUGAAUGAGGGCUUGCUCUGUGCCGAUGACUUGGAUAAUUUAUGGGAAAUAAGAGAGUAUUCCAUACUCCUGACCACUGCUAGAGCUGAAAGAGUGCAAGUUCUUUUGAUGAACCGAAUCCAAUCACUUCAAUGGAAAGUAUUUAGAUUCUCAAUCCUACAUGCUUCUCAUUUGACGAUCCGCUCCCCUAACCCCCAUGAAUCCUCAGCUAUCCAGAUAAUUACCCAACGGGCUAUUUUUCUCCGAGGGAUUGAUCAAAGUUUGAAUACAGGUUCGGUCCUGAAGGUUGGUUACGUCUUCUACAGCUGGAUUGAGAUUCAUCGAACGUCCGCUUUGGGCGAACGUUUCACUCUAACGGUCCGGCCUUUCGCUUCUUCUUCUUCUUCUUCUUCUUCUUCUUCCACCUUUACUCUAAAUGUUGAUAACGAUACUACGUUACGUUUGAGCUUUUUUCUGCCAGUAACUUCUCAAUUUGGUAGUACUUUUGUACGUAAGCAUCCGGGUCAAAAUUCUUGUUGGGACGACUCUGAUAAGCAGGAGGAUUAG